AAGCCAACAACGCACACCCCUCUUCGAUCUUCCCCUUCUUCCUCACAAUGCCUCAUUUCUCCACCAACUCCUCCCAUUUUAGCGCCGCCGUAAAUCUCUCUCAACACCACCCAGAAAAUCCCAUUCAUGGCCACCGUUCCCCAUUCUCUCUGUCUUUCUCCCGCCUCAGACCUUACCGUUAAAUCCCCACUCUUCAAAUCCGCCGCCGUCGGCUGCUUUUUCCCGAUCCGCAAUCGUAAUCCGGUCCAUCUCCGUUCGUCUUCAACUGGGGUUCAGUUCAAUCGAAAUGGGUUUCCUGGGUUGAGUUCGAGAUCUAUGAGAGGGAAGAUUUUGGCGAGUUCUGCUCAGAUUAUGGAUCAGUCGGCGAUUAAAACGGAUUCCUCUGUUCCGACGAUCGUGGAAGUGGAUUUGGGUGACCGGAGCUAUCCGAUUUAUAUUGGAUCCGGUCUUCUCGAUCAGCCUGAGAUUCUCCAGAGGCAUGUUCAUGGGAAGAGAGUUCUUAUAGUCACCAAUGAUACUGUUGCACCAUUGUAUUUAGAUAAAGUUACUGAAGCUUUAACUAUUGGGAAUCCAAAUGUUUCAGUUGAAAGUGUGGUUUUACCAGAUGGUGAGAAGUACAAGGAUAUGGACACACUCAUGAAAGUCUUUGACAAGGCUAUCGAGUCGCGGCUCGAUCGUCGAUGUACAUUUGUGGCCCUUGGAGGUGGUGUCAUUGGUGAUAUGUGUGGUUAUGCUGCUGCUUCUUUCCUCCGAGGUGUUAACUUCAUUCAGAUUCCCACGACUGUUAUGGCACAAGUGGACUCUUCUGUUGGGGGAAAGACUGGGAUAAAUCAUCGUCUGGGGAAGAACUUGAUUGGCGCAUUUUAUCAACCUCAAUGUGUUGUUGUAGAUACCGAUACAUUAAACACACUACCUGAUAGGGAACUGGCUUCUGGGUUUGCGGAGGUCAUUAAGUAUGGGCUUAUUAGGGAUGCCGAGUUUUUUGAAUGGCAGGAGAAGAAUAUGCCUUCAUUAAUGGCAAGGGAUCCAGUCACCUUAGCUUAUGCGAUAAAACGUUCGUGUGAGAACAAGGCUGAGGUUGUAUCAUUGGAUGAGAAGGAAAGUGGACUAAGGGCAACUUUGAACUUGGGCCACACAUUCGGACAUGCAAUAGAAACUGGGUUUGGGUACGGUCAGUGGCUCCACGGAGAAGCUGUUGCAGUUGGCACGGUAAUGGCAGUUGACAUGUCAUAUCGUCUCGGAUGGAUUGAUGAUACAAUUGUAAGCAGAGUUCUUGCCAUUCUAAAACAGGCAAAGUUGCCUACUGCACCUCCCGAAAGCAUGACGGUGGAGAUGUUCAAAUCAAUAAUGGCGGUUGACAAGAAGGUUGCUGAUGGGCUACUUAGGCUAAUUCUCUUGAAAGGUCCUCUAGGAAACUGUGUUUUCACUGGCGAUUACGACAGGAAGGCAUUGGACGAGACGCUUCAUGCAUUUUGCAAGUCUUGAUUUUUAAGAUCUACAAGAGAUCGUUCCAAGUUGUGUGUAAGUUCUGUACCAUAUCGUUUAUGAUAUUGCCCUGGCUCUUCCUCUUCCCCUUAGCUUUAGUCUUCAUUAUAUUUAUUAGAAAAUCCAUGUGCUGAGUGAUUUCUAAUCUGGUAAUGCUAUGUUCUUCAACACGAGAUCCACCAUUCUAGAGUUUUGAAUGAACUACUGAGAUAAAUAAAGUUUUAUCUCUCAUCUCUUGUUUUGUUUAGAUAA